ACGACUGUUCCUACGCGGUUUGUGUAGUUACCAUGACAACAGCAGUCAAGCUGGUGAACAACCUGAAUAGUUUCCCGUCAGUUUCCCGUCGUGUGAACGCCUAAUGUUGCUGUCAAAGAAUAAGGCAGCUGGAUUCAAAUCAUCCAAGGACUGUAGCAAGCCCACUGACAAGCGGGAGGCAAGAAGUGCUGUGCGUUACAAAUGUGGCCCACUUGGCACCAUACAGGAUGUCUUGAGACAAAGACCAGGAUGGAUUGAAGUCAAAGAUGAUGAAGAAUGGGACUUCCAUUGGUGCGAUGUGGGCUGGGUGAGGGAGAAUUUUGAUCAUUCAUUCGCGGAGGAACACGUACGGGUAAACCACUUUCCCAACAAUUAUGAGUUGACUCGUAAAGACUUCAUGCUGAAAAAUUUGAAAAGAUUCAAGAAGCAACUUGAAAGGGAGGCCAGCUGCAUCGAGGGCUCCAAAUGUGAUUUCUUCCCUUGCACCUUUGCACUGCCAAAUGAGUAUCAUCUCUUUGUCGAAGAGUUCAAAAGAAACCCUGGCAGCACCUGGAUCAUGAAACCGGCGGCAAAAUCUCAAGGGGCAGGCAUCUUCCUUUUUAAAAAACUGAAAGACAUCAUGGAUUGGAGGAAGCACGAUGGCAUCCGCUCGGAGGAGCAAAAAGAAGUGGAAAGCUAUGUGGUGCAGCGUUACAUUGAGAACCCAUACCUGCUCGGUGGCCGGAAGUUUGAUCUGCGGGUCUAUGUGAUGGUCACAUCGUAUUUUCCCUUGAAGGCAUGGCUAUAUCGAGAAGGCUUUGCUCGGCUCUCAAGCACACGCUUUUCCCUUCAUAGCAUUGAUGACAAGUAUGUUCAUCUCACUAAUGUGUCUGUUCAAAAGACAGCACCUGACUAUGAUCCUGAGAAGGGUUGUAAAUGGAAAAUACAGAAGCUGCGUAGAUACCUGACUGCAAAGCACGGAAGACAGGUGGUGGAAACUCUGUUCAAAGAAAUGGAUAACGUAUUCAUUAGGAGCCUCCAGAGUGUACAAAAGAUCAUUAUAAAUGACAAACACUGCUUCGAGAUCUAUGGCUAUGACAUUAUGUUGGAUGACAACCUCAAACCGUGGUUAAUUGAAGUAAAUGCCUCUCCGUCACUUACAGCCAGUAGUCAAGAGGAUUUCGAGAUGAAAUACAGAUUGCUGGACGACACUGUGACUAUUGUUGACAUGGAAGCAAGGUUGACUGGGAAGGAGACAAGGGUGGGUGGAUAUGAACUCAUGUGGAAUGACGGGCCUGUCUUUAGAGAGGACGUCAAUCCAGAAAUAUAUGAGUGUUCGUAUUUAAAGACCAACACAUACUUGGGAUGUGGAAAUAACUGGGAAUACCGGAAGGUCCCGAAGGUUUGAGAUGCCGUUUCACUAAAUAACUUUGUAUGACAGAAUGGGGCCUCGGGGUGUCAUCCAUGUCUGCAAGUAGCUAUACACGUGCAACAUUUGUGACCAUGUGAUGAGUGCCUUCUUGGACAGUAGUAGUCAACAUACAGUAAGUGAUUUGCAUCUGCUGUGCUGUGGCAGAGUUCAGUGUGCCGGAUAAUUUGAUGCGCUGGAAAUGAUCAUCCAAUUGCUACCAAAAUGAUUUGAGAUCAUCACAUGUGCUUCAACUUCUCCAACUCAAGAAACCCGGAUUUCAGCCAAAUGUGUGUGAAUAAAUUGAGACAUCAUGAUGAAUUUAGUUUUGUACACUUUUUCUGACAUGUUUGUUUGAUGGUGUGUCCGAUUUCUCUUGUAUGUGCCUUGGUAAAGGUUGCAAAUACUGAC